AUGAACCACCAGGACCCUUACUGCAUCAUCCACGUCGACAGCUGCAAGGCAAAGACCAAGGUCAAGCGGAAAUCAUUGUUGGCCGAGCUCGAACCCGGCGUGGAGUUGAGACGAUGGUAUACACUGAAGAGGCGGCGUGCCGAUGAGUUCGUGUGCGGUCAGCUCCACCUCCAGAUCCUCUACGAAACCCAGAUCAAGCAGGUGUCUCUGUCCGACUUCGAGAUCUUGCACCUCGUCGGCGAAGGCAGUUUUGGAAAGGUGUUCCAAGUGCGGAAGAAGGACACCGGCCAAGUCUACGCCAUGAAGGUGCUCAAGAAGAAGAAACUCGUGGAUGAAGGAGAGGUGGAGCACACUCGGACAGAGAAGAACAUCCUGAUCAACAACAACCACCCCUUCCUGGUGAACCUCAAGUUCGCCUUCCAGACAGAAAAGAAAAUCUACUUCCUGUUUUUCCACCUCAAGAAGGAACGGCGAUUCGAUGAAGACAAGGUGCGAUUCUACGCCGCCGAGAUCACGCUCGCGCUGGAGCAUCUCCAUUCGCUGGGCAUCAUCUACCGCGACCUCAAGCCUGAGAACGUCUUGCUCGAGUCGACAGGGCACAUAAGAUUGACGGACUUUGGGCUGUCGAAGGCCGGCCUGCAGGCGACGAAGGGCAAGACGACCACGUUUUGCGGCACGCCCGAGUACCUCGCACCGGAGGUGAUCAAGGGCACGUCCUACUCCUACGAGAUCGACUGGUGGUCGCUGGGCACCAUCAUGUACGAGAUGUUCACGAGCCAGCCUCCGUUUGCCUGCCGUAACCAGAGCCAGAUGUAUCAGCGCAUUCUCAACGAGACCCCGUACUACCCCAACUACAUUCCUGCCAGCGCCAAGGCCAUCAUGAACCAGCUCCUCGAGAAGGACCCGCGGAAGCGAUUAAACGGCAAGGGCGUGCGGAAGCAUCCCUUCUUCCAAUCGAUCGACUGGGACAAGCUGGCGGCCAAGAAGAUCAAACCGCCCAUCAUCCCCCACGUCAAAGGAGAGGAGGACACAAGCAAUGUCGACAAGGAGUUCAUGGAGCGGCCUGCCAUCGACAGCUUCGACUUUUCGGCCAUCGAUGGCGACGGUCUGACCGAGUCGAUGGACGAGCGGCUCUUUGCCGAGUUCUCCUACGUGUCCGAACGGGAGAUCAAGAAGAAGAAGGAAGACAAGGACGCGAUCCCGCCCACCUUCCUCGAGUCCAUCCUCGAAUCCAUCAACGAGAAGCUCAGCGACGGUUGA